AGUGAACAAUUUAAAAUAAACCAAAGUAUGGCGCUCAAGUAAAACACACUCCAACCCGGUCUACAGCAACGCAAACAGGCGGCAGACUUCAAUUUUUUGGCAACUAACCAAAAACAAAAGAAAAUCAGGAAAACUAUUUCAAGAUGACGGAGCAAAAGAAUCAAGUGACGCGGGCAGCGCCGGAACAGAGCAACGACUAUCGUGUCGUGGUCUUUGGCGCCGGCGGUGUUGGCAAAAGUUCCCUGGUCCUUCGCUUCAUAAAGGGGACAUUCCGCGAGAGCUAUAUACCCACCAUUGAGGACACCUAUAGACAGGUCAUAAGUUGCAAUAAGAAUAUUUGCACACUACAAAUCACGGAUACGACAGGAUCACAUCAGUUCCCGGCCAUGCAACGGUUGUCCAUCUCGAAGGGUCAUGCAUUCAUCUUGGUCUAUUCGGUGUGCUCCAAACAGAGCCUCGAGGAAUUGCGACCGAUUUGGGCGCUUAUCAAAGAGCUGAAGGGUGAUGUGAACUCGAUACCCGUGAUGCUGGUGGGCAAUAAAUGCGAUGAGAGCACUGAGCUGCGUGAGGUAUCGCAAAUUGAGGGACAGGCCCAGGCGACGACCUGGAGCAUAUCAUUUAUGGAGACGUCGGCCAAAACCAAUCACAAUGUAACCGAGUUAUUUCAGGAGCUGCUCAACAUGGAGAAGACGCGCACCGUUUCCUUGCAGCUCGAUACGAAAAAGCAAAAGAAGCAGAAAAAGGAGAAGAAAUCCAAGGAGACGAAUGGCGCCAUACCGGAGAACGGUGAGGCGGGUGCAAGUGGCGCUGGCGUCAAGGAAAAAUGUGGUGUUAUGUAACGUGUUUUCCCAGCUAUAUUGGUGACAGACAAAUACUCGCAUUGGGACAGUGGCACUACUCGAAAACUCAUCCCAUAAACACACACACACACCACAUAUGCAUAUACUAUACAUAUACAUAUACGAGUAAUAUAUAUACAUACAUAGAUACAUAUAUAUAUUUCACUUUGGGACUGAUGUUAUCGGAGAACAGCCUGCUGCAUACAAAAAAUAUAUAUUAUUUAAUUAUAGAUGACAAAUAUGAAAUGAAAAUAAUAAGACAAGCAUUACAAGUAUAUUUUGCAUACAUAGAUUUUAUCCACAACACCUUUUAGAAGGCGGCCAACACAUCUCCCUUUCCCCCUCCCACCCGCACCACACAUAAAUCAUAUGAAUUAUAUAUGGAUACAUAUUGAUUUUUUUCUGGGUUCUGAGAAUAACAAAAAUAUGAAAAAACAAAAAUCAAAGAUAACUAUUACAUCUGAAACGUAACGGCAUACAUAUCAAAUACAUAAUACAUACCUACAUACAUACAUACAUCGCAUGACAUACUCGCACAUACAUAAUGUAAGAUCAACAUAAUGAUUAUGAUAUAUAAAUAUCUCAAAUGAAAAGCCAAAGUACCUAUAUAAAAAGACAUACAAUUUUUAUCUAACUAACGAUAUAUACUAACGACAAAAACAAAUUAUAAAUUACAAUGUGUAUUUACAUAAAAUUCAUUAGCUAACAGAAGACAAAUACAUAUACUUAAGACAAUUAUGGAGAAUUUGUACUGGGAAUUGAAUCGAACCGAAUGAUUAUUCCCAAUUAAUGUUGGAAUCCGUUCCAAUUGUUGCAAAGCCUCCUUUCUGACUAUCAAUCAAUUGCUGUAUAACUAACUAUUUACCACCAAAAUCUUUCAACCAACAACAAAAUUGCUACUUUCGUCGCUUGAAAAUGUAUAAAUAAUACUCAGAAUCGUACCCAUAUAUGAUGAUCCUUAGGAAAUACACAAACCAAAGUCGCGUGCUAAUUUCUUAACAAUUGUUUUCACUAAAAAAUGUUAAACAAAAAUGCAUUUCUUUUAUGUAUUUAUAAUGGAAUAUGUAUUAAUUUACAAUUAUUUGCUGAAAUUUAUUAAUAUUAAAAGUAUAAUGCAAAAUAAAUUAGCUUUAAUCAAAAGUUUAGGCUUCGCGUGGAGAUCCGUUGUUUUGAUUGUUCGGAUUUGCAAGCAUUAUACCGGAUUCGGAUCUUCACACCAAGCAAUAAGCACAAUUUUUUGCCGCUCAUUAAGAAAUUGUAGAGUUAGUUCUAAUAAAAAAAAUAGAAAAAUUAAACCAUGUACAUCGAAUAGGGAGAAAAUGUGCAAAGAAUGGAGCAUAUAAGUUGCCUGUUUUUUAAAAACGAAAUUUUUAAUGAAAUAUGUAUGUUUAACUCGAAGUAAAAACAGUUCACAAGUUGUGGUAUUUAACAAUUUAUCUAGUGGGUCGUAGGAGUUAGUCUAUUUGAGGAAAAAAUAGUUCGCGUUGUUUUGAUGUUAAUUGAUAUUAAAAUGGCAUUAGUUAUUUUGUAAAAAUUAUGUAUUAUGUAAACAAAACGAAAAUUGUUUUCGUUAACUGAUGUUAAGCUAUUGUAAUUAUUAUUAUUAUUAUUAUAUUAUGACUGCUCAUUUCUUAUGCACACUGUAAACACAUACAUAUAUUAAAAAUGCCGCAUGCUCGUUGUUAAGCACUGAAUACG